AUGUCUCCACCACAAUCUCCAACUUCAUCCAUGACUUCUAUCAACGAUAAAGCUCGAUUUUUGGCACAAGGCUCACAUCGGAUUAACAUCGAUAACGACGAUAAUUAUAUUAACAUGGAAUUACAUAAGAAGAAACGUCGUCGUCGAAGAUGUAUUAAAUGCUGCGGCUGUUGUAUAGCCGGCGUGUUAGUUCUCGUUGUGAUCAUGUUGGUUCUUGGUUUCACCGUUUUCCGUGUACAUUCACCGUCUAUAAGGUUGAACUCCGUCAAGAUUGACGGAUUAAGCUAUCUCAGAAGUAGUUCCACUCUCCAACCUAACGUUAAUUUAACGGUCUCUGCUGACGUGUCCGUGAAAAACCCUAAUGCAGCCUCAUUCAAGUUUAAUAAAGCAACGACUAGUUUGUUUUAUCAUGACGUGGUCGUCGGAGAAGGUCUAACGCCGCCGGGCACCGCUAAGGCACGGCGGACGUUACCGAUAAACGUGACGGUGGAAGUUAUGGUGGAGAAAAUUUUGAGCAUUCCCCGGCUAGGGAAUGACUUAAAGUCCGGUGAGGUGUCUCUGAGUAUAUAUACAAGAAUUAAUGGAAGAGUUAAUAUUUUGAACAUUAUUAAGAAGAGUGCUGAAAUGAAAAUGAGUUGUAAAAUGACUGUUGAUUUGAAAAGUCAGGAUGUUAGAGAUAUCGAUUGCAACAGAAUAGUGUCUCUCUCUAGGUAA